UGAAACUUUCUCCACUCUGCACUGUACCCCCUGGCACUUUAACCGAGGCCUCUUUAGUUGUAAUCUAUUAAUGUCUGUGGAGGUCAUUUGUUUUUGCUGUAAGUCUAGUUUGGUUUUGUAGAUCAAGCACUGGUGUUUCUUCACGUAGCACUCACGACAAGCAGGUUCAAGGUGAAGUCUGGCAUGACAACAUGAAUUCACCUUACGCAGCUUUGCAGUACUACCCAGAGUUUCCAUUUCAUCGACUCAGGGAUCCGUCACCUCUGCUGUCCUGGAGAGACGGCUCGUUAUUUACUACCAUGAGUCAGCCGGGUCAGACGGCCGACUUCUUCAGUCAGGAUGUGUUUAACCAGUUGUUUGAUAUGCUGGACCAGUCUGCCAUCCAUUCAGUCCAACCCAUUGAGCUCAACUUCACUGAGAGUCCGACUGAUGGCUCAGCAGGGAACACCAUUCAGAUCAGUAUGGACUGCAUAACGAUGCAUGAGCCGGACGACGUGGUUUCUUCGCAGUACACGAACCUGGGGCUUCUGAACAGCAUGGAGCAGAACAACGGUUCGACCUCCACCAGCCCCUACAACAACGAGCACGCUCCGAACAGCGUGACCGCCCCGUCGCCCUACGCCCAGCCCAGCUCCACCUUCGACGCCCUGUCCCCUUCACCGGCCAUCCCCUCCAACACAGACUAUGCCGGGCCGCACACCUUUGACGUGUCCUUCCAGCAGUCCAGCACGGCCAAGUCUGCCACCUGGACGUACUCGACAGACCUAAAGAAGCUCUACUGCCAGAUUGCCAAGACUUGUCCCAUUCAGAUCAAAGUGCUGACCCCGCCUCCGCAGGGGGCCGUCAUCCGGGCCAUGCCCGUCUAUAAAAAAGCCGAACACGUGACCGAGGUGGUGAAGCGCUGCCCGAACCACGAGCUGAGCCGCGAGUUCAACGACGGUCAGAUCGCGCCGCCGAGCCACCUGAUCCGCGUGGAGGGAAACAGCCACGCCCAGUACCUGGAGGACACCAUCACCGGGAGACAGAGCGUACUAGUUCCAUACGAGCCUCCGCAGGUCGGGACAGAAUUCACAACAAUCUUGUAUAAUUUCAUGUGCAACUCGAGCUGCGUGGGCGGAAUGAAUCGCCGCCCGAUCCUCAUAAUCGUCACCCUGGAGACCAGAGAUGGACAGGUUCUGGGCCGCCGCUGCUUCGAGGCCCGGAUCUGCGCCUGCCCGGGCCGAGACCGGAAGGCGGACGAGGACAGCAUCCGCAAGCAGCACGUAACGGACAACUCAAAGAGCAGUGAGGGUACGAAGCGCCCUUAUCGCCACAUUUCCCAAAGCAUCCAGAUGUCCACCAUCAAGAAGAGAAGAUCUACAGAUGAGGAAGUGUUCUGUUUACCUAUCAAAGGUCGUGAAAUCUAUGAGAUGUUGGUGAAAAUCAAAGAAUCUCUGGAGCUCAUGCAGUUCCUGCCACAACACACAAUAGAGUCGUACAGACAGCAGCAGCAGAACCUCCUACAGAAACAAAAUCCAAUGCAGUCCCCGACUGCCUACGGGUCCAGCUCCCCGACUCACGGAAAAGUGAACAAGCUGCCGUCGGUGAGCCAGCUCAUCAACCCGCAGCAGCGCAACACGCUCACCCCUUCCAGCAUGACGGGAGGCCUCACCGACAUGACCCCCAUUAUGGGCUCCCACAUCCCCAUGAGUGCUGACAUGAGCUCACUGAGCCCCACACACGCCCUGCAGCAACAGCUGCCCCUGGUGCCCUCCUCCCACUGUACCCCCCCUCCUCCAUACCCCAUGGACAGCAGCAUCUCCAGCUUCCUCCUACGGCUGGGCUGUGCAGGCUGCUUGGAUUACUUCACAGCACAAGGCCUAACCAACAUGUACCAGAUUGAGAAUUAUAACGUGGAGGACCUGUCCAGGCUGAAGAUCCCCACCGAGUUCCAGCACAUCAUCUGGAAGGGCAUCAUGGAGCACCGACAGGCCAUGGACUUUUCCCCUCCGCCGCACAUAGUGCGCACCACCAGCGGCGCCUCCACCGUCAGCGUGGGCUCCUCCGAGGCGCGGGGCGAACGCGUCAUAGACGCCGUACGUUUCACCCUGCGCCAGACUAUCUCCUUCCCGCCUCGCGACGAGUGGUCCGACUUCUCCUUCGACCUGGAUUCCCGCCGCAACAAGCAGCAGCGCAUCAAGGAGGAGGGGGAGUAGGAGCUGCUGCGCGCUCUCUCUCUCUCUCAAUUCCCAGAGCCUCAUUUCGUCUCAUUUCACACCAAAAAGAUGGAACAUUUCAUUCAAAAAAAGAAAAAAAAAGCCUUAUUGUUCAUUCAAAGGCUACACAUAUAACCAAUUGCAGAAAUGCACUUAUGUUCAUUUUGUAUUUUGUUUUUUAUUACUGGUGAUAAGCACAGCUGUAUUAUGGAAUUUCUUGAGAGCACUUAAGAAAUGUUGAGUAUUUCAGUGUUGCUCUUCUGGGUUUUUGCUUCUGGGUCUGUAAAUUAGUCUGGAUCACUGGUUGUUUUGUUUUAUUUUAUUUUUAUUUGUGGAAGCGGAACGGAUUGUAAACAUUUCAUUUCUUCUAUAAGAAGUAUUAAAUGACAGGAGCAACAGCUUGUUUUCUACUGUAGCUAUAGUUUUUAUGACACCUUACUCAGUCAGCUUUUGAAGUACGUUUUUUUGAGAUGGUCAUUCAUUUGAUGUAGCCAUAUAUAGGCCUAAUGCUCUUGACCAAGUGUUGUUCUUGUUUAUAACAUGACUGAUGUAUUUUAGUUGUUUAAGCCAAACACAAGUAUUUGUUUUACCACAGCCAUGUUCUGGUAUUCUUUCAUUAAAUAAGGUGCCAUCAAUCAAAAUGUUUGUAUAUAAUUCUGUAUAUAAAGUCUGUUGUAACCCUGCGCAGCCGUUCAGGUCAAAGUAGUGAAACCACAAAUUAAAUGCUUUGAUUUUUGUAUGUUUUGUAAAUAUUUGCAAACUUAUCAAGGAUAUUUUGUUAUAAAUUCAAAAUAAAGUUCAUAAUAUCUUGA